AUGGAAGAGGAGCUGAAAUGCCCCGUGUGCGGCUCGCUGUUCCGGGAGCCCAUCAUCCUGCCCUGCUCGCACAAUGUCUGCCUGCCUUGCGCCCGCACCAUCGCCGUGCAAACGCCCGAGAGUGAGCAGCACCUGCCCGCCCUGCUGCACCCGCGGGGCCCGGCCACGGUGCCAGGGGCCGGGGCUGCUGGCGGGCCAGCUUCCCUCGACUACGACUGCGGGGCCGGAGGCGGCGGAGGCGGCGGCGGCGGCGGGGGGGACCAUGCGGACAAGCUGAGCCUGCACAGCGAGACCGACAGCGGCUACGGUUCCUACACCCCGAGCCUUAAAUCUCCCAACGGGGUGCGCGUCUUGCCGCUGGUCCCGCCGCCUCCGGGCUCGUCGGCCGCGGCCGCCCCGCGGGGAGGAGGCACCAGCUCCUCGCUGACCUGCCCGCAGUGCCAUCGCAGCGCCUCCCUGGACCACCGCGGCCUCCGCGGCUUCCAGCGCAACCGGCUGCUGGAGGCCAUAGUGCAGCGGUAUCAGCAGAGCAGGGCCGCCGCCUCGGCAGCCGCCAAGUGCCAGCUCUGCGACCGCAGCCCUGCAGAGGCGGCCGCAGUCAUGUGCGAGCAGUGCGAGGUGCUCUACUGCGCGGCUUGCCAGGUCAAAUGCCACCCGUCCCGGGGGCCUUUCGCCAAGCACCGCUUGGUGCCUCCCCCCAACCCGCAAGGCGCCCCUGGCGGUGCGGGCGGAGCAAGCGGCGGAGGGGGCGCGGGCGGCAAGGCUCCAGGAGCUGCCCGCAAGCCGCCCACCUGCGCCGAUCAUGAGCUGGAGAACUAUAGCAUGUACUGUGUGACCUGCCGGACCCCGGUCUGCUAUCAGUGCCUGGAAGAAGGCAAGCACGCCAAGCACGAGGUGAAGGCCUUGGGGGCCAUGUGGAAGCAGCACAAGGCACAACUGUCUCAGGCUUUAAAUGGCAUUUCAGAUAAAGCAAAGGAAGCAAAAGAGUUUCUUGUUCAGCUGAAAAACAUAUUGCAGCAGAUACAGGAAAAUGGUUUGGACUAUGAAGCUUGUUUGGUUGCUCAGUGUGAUGCUUUGGUCGAUGCUUUAACUCGCCAGAAGGCAAAACUGCUCACAAAAGUCACCAAAGAGCGUGAGCACAAGUUAAAGGUUGUAUGGGACCAGAUAAAUCAUUGCACUCUGAAACUACGUCAGUCUACAGGGCUUAUGGAAUACUGUCUUGAAGUUAUCAAAGAAAAUGACCCUUCUGGGUUUCUACAGAUUUCAGAUGCUUUAAUCAAACGUGUUCAAGUAUCUCAGGAGCAGUGGGUAAAAGGAGCUCUGGAACCAAAAGUAUCUGCUGAAUUUGAUCUGACUUUGGAUAGCGAACCUUUGUUGCAGUCCAUUCACCAGCUAGACUUCAUUCAGAUGAAAUGUAGGGUUCCUGUUUCAGUACCACCAGUCCCACUGCUGCAGCUGGAGAAGUGCUGUACACGAAACAACAGUGUGACUCUAGCCUGGAGGAUGCCCCCGUUUAGUCACAACCCAGUGGAGGGUUACAUCUUGGAACUUGACGAUGGAGAUGGUGGCCAAUUCCGAGAAGUGUAUGUUGGUAAGGAGACCCUAUGCACUAUUGAUGGCCUUCAUUUCAACAGUACCUACAAUGCAAGAGUAAAAGCCUUUAAUUCAUCAGGAGUGGGCCCUUACAGCAAGACUGUUGUUUUACAGACUUCUGAUGUGGCCUGGUUUACAUUUGACCCCUCUUCAGCCCACAGAGACAUAGUCCUGUCAAAUGACAACCAGACUGCUACCUGCAGUAGCUAUGACGACCGCGUUGUUCUGGGCACAGCAGCAUUCUCAAAGGGAGCCCACUACUGGGAACUGCACAUAGACCGUUACGAUAACCACCCAGAUCCGGCCUUUGGAAUCGCCAGAAUUAAUGUUGUCAAGGACAUGAUGCUAGGAAAAGAUGACAAGGCCUGGGCCAUGUAUGUUGACAACAAUCGCAGCUGGUUCAUGCACUGCAAUUCUCACACUAACCGGACAGAAGGGGGUGUUUCGAAAGGUGCAACUGUAGGUGUUCUUCUGGACCUUAACAAACACUCCCUGACCUUUUACAUAAACGGGCAGCAGCAGGGGCCUCCAGCAUUUGAAAACAUUGAGGGGGUCUUCAUGCCAGCAUUAAGCCUCAACCGAAAUGUUCAGGUGACUCUCCACACAGGACUUGAGGUACCUCAGACUAUAAGACCUCCCAAGAUGCCAAACAAUUGA